UCGAUCUCUCUCGAGGGAAGAUCUUACGAUUUAACGCCGAAAACUGUGUGUUUAUAAUAGCCAAGUGAUCUCUCCACCCAAUCCAACUCACAAAGAACACUUGGCUCAACAAUUCCAUGGCCAUGACCGCCACCAUUUGCAAUUCAUCUCCGACCUCUUACUCACUAAGCAUUCCAUCCUUCAAACCUACCCUUUCUCUACCACCUUCAUCCCUCUCCCCUCCAUCUCCUCCCCUUCCUUCUUUUUCUUCUCCCAAGUUUAGUAUGAAUUUAGUCCCCACUGAAACAACCACCAUCAUAGCAGCAGCGGAAGCAGAGGCAAUGAUGCUGGCUAAUGAGGCAACGAGAGUGGCCAUGUCAUUGGCUUCCGUGAUCGGCGGAGAGGGCGCGAGUUGUGGGGUGGAGGCAAGGAGGAAGAGGAGGAGAAAACGGAGAAAAGGGUGUGAGUUUUUGGAGGUAGAGGAGGAAAAGAAGGGGAGUGAAUGCGAGAAGAUAAUUUAUUCCUGGCCUGUGAAUUACGGAGUUUUAAGUCCCAAAGAGGAGGCAGAGUGUUGUAUGUGCCUCCAGGAAGAAGCAAGGCUAGAAGCAACAAGAAGAAGAAUUUCAGAUGCUCAAGAACAUGAGCUCACACCAAUUCAAUUGGUCAAGGCGGUAGGAAUGAGUAGGACAAGUCUAGAUAAGGUGUUCUGUAAAGGCAGGGAGUCGCAAGAUAAGAUUACUCGCAGUUACCGAAGACUUGUUACCUCCAUUGCCAAGUGCUACCAAGGCAAAGGAUUAAGCCUCCAAGACCUCAUUCAGGAGGGAAGCAUUGGCCUUCUCCGAGGGGUGAAGAAAUUUGAUCCAGGUAGAGGAUGUAAGCUAUCAACAUAUGUUUACUGGUGGAUCAAGCAAGCUAUUAUCAGAGCCAUAGAAAACAAGUCCAGAAUUGUCAGAUUACCGGAAGGCAUGCGUGCGAGGGUGGCAAAAGUUUCAGAAGCUAACAGGGUCUUGAGGGAACGAUUGCGUCGCGCUCCUACCUUUGAUGAGAUUGCUGAAAUCCUUAACAUGGAUGUUUCUACAGUUGGGAUGGCUUUCAAGUGGAGGAAAUAUCCUAUUUCUCUGGAUCAAGGUGUUACCAAUGAAGGCGGCUGCAUGACACUUCAGGAGAUAAUACCAGGGCCGGAUGAGACCGUGCCAGAGAAUAUGGUAAGAAAGCAACUAAUGAAGCAAGAAUUGGAGAAGCUUCUUCAGACACUCACUGAAAGAGAAGCUCGCGUAUUGAGAUUACGGUUUGGACUAGAGGGACAAACCCCUCAGUCUUGUGAAGAGAUAGGCAGAGUUUUGAAGUUGUCAAGGGAGAGGGUUCGACAAAUCAAUGGCGAAGCAAUAAGGAAAUUACAGCAGACAAGUACUGCAGAAAACCUUAACACAUAUGUUGUAUGGAUAUAGUUCCAUAGCUGCUGCACAGAAGUGGAAGAUGGAGACAAGUACAGAGGAACACCUGAUUUAGUGUUUAGCGGAACAAGGCCCAGAAACGAAGGUGAUGAAUUCCUGGCUCGUUCAACGACGGGCUUGUUUCUAGUUAUUUUGCAACAAGUUGUAUCCAAUUAUGCAUUGUUGCAUGAGAAACCUACAUUUGUUGUGUAUUAUUAAGCUAAAACUUCUGCUUU